ACGGGGCGGCGGCUUCCCCUCGGCCUCUCGCGGCGUCUCCCUCCCGCUGUGCUACCCACGCCCUCCCCACCGCCCCCGGAGAUGCCCCAGCACUUGGUGGGCGACCGGCGCUUCCCGUCGGUGCCGCGGCUCCUCUUCGCCGAGCCCCCGGCCGCCGAGCACGGGGGCGGCCCCAGCCCGCCCGACAGCAGGGGCUCCCCGGCCUCCCCGCGCUCCGCGGGCCGCGGUGCCCUGGACGCCUGCAGCCUGCAGCCCCUGUGCCGGCCCCCGGCCGGGAAGCGGGGCGGCCACGGGGCCGGCGAGGUGCGGUGCUUGUCCUCCGGGGGCCAGGGCGCGCUGUGCGGCUGGAGGAGCUUCACCCCCCGCUGCCUGCAGGCCUUCAACACCCCCAAGGGCUUCCUGUUCUUCCUGUGCGCCGCCUCCUUCCUGCAAGGGAUGACGGUGAACGGCUUCAUCAACACCGUCAUCACCUCCAUCGAGCGGCGCUUCGACCUGCACAGCUACGAGAGCGGGCUGAUCGCCAGCUCCUACGACAUCGCCGCCUGCCUCUGCCUCACCUUCGUCGGCUACUUCGGGGGCAGCGGCCACAAGCCGCGCUGGCUGGGCUGGGGCGUCCUGGUCCUGGGCGCCGGCUCGCUGGUGUUCGCGCUGCCCCACUUCAUGGCCGGCCGCUACGAGGUGGAGGCGGACGCGGGCGUGGGGGUGUGCCGGGCCAACCAGAGCGUGGCGUGUGCCACCGGGCCCCCGGGCCUCUCCGGCUACCGGCUCGUCUUCAUGCUGGGCCAGUUCCUGCACGGGGUGGGCGCCACGCCCCUCUACACGCUGGGCGUCACCUACCUGGACGAGAACGUCAAGUCCAGCUACUCGCCCAUCUAUAUCGCCAUCUUCUACACGGCCGCCAUCCUGGGCCCCGCAGCCGGCUACCUGAUCGGAGGCGCCAUGCUGAACGUUUACACAGAAAUGGGCCAACGGACGAAGCUGACCGCGGAGAGCCCGCUGUGGGUCGGCGCCUGGUGGGUCGGCUUCCUCGGUGCGGGGACCGUGGCGUUCCUCAUUGCCAUCCCCAUCCUCGGCUACCCCCGGCAGCUACCAGGCUCCCAGCGCUACGUGGUCAUGAGAGCUGCCGAGACACACCAGCUGACGACAGCGGGCCACAAGGCGGCCAGCAGCCCCGCCUUCGGGAAAACCGUCAGAGACCUGCCCCUCUCCAUCUGGCUCCUCCUGAGGAACCCCACGUUCAUCCUGCUCUGCCUGGCCGGGGCCACCGAGGCCACGCUCAUCGCCGGCAUGUCCACGUUCGCCCCCAAGUUCCUGGAGGCCCAGUUCAGCCUGAGCGCCUCGGAGGCCGCCACCCUGUUUGGGUACCUGGUGGUGCCAGCAGGAGGCGGCGGCACGCUCCUGGGCGGCUUCCUGGUGAACAGGUUCAAGCUCCGCGGCCCCGGCAUCAUCCGGUUCUGCCUGCUCUGCACGCUGACCAGCCUGCUGGCCUUCUUCAUCUUCCUCACGCACUGCGAGAACGUGCCCAUGGCGGGUGUGACGGCCGGCUACGGGGGGAGCCUCUGGCAGCAGGGGCGCCUCAACCUGACGGCCGGGUGCAACGAGGCCUGCGGCUGCCGGCCCGAGCACUACAGCCCCGUGUGCGGCUCCGACCGCCUCAUGUACUACUCCCCCUGCCACGCGGGCUGCGCCCGGGCCGCGCCCUCGGGCCCCCGGGGCGGGAAGGUGUACCGGGACUGCAGCUGUGUCCCUUCGAGCGCUCCCUCUGGCUGGGGCAACGCUACGGCAGGGAAGUGCGCCUCGGCCUGCCAGAGAAAGCCUCUUCUGGUCCUGGUGUUCGUCGUAAUCGUCUUCACCUUCCUCAGCAGCAUCCCCGCGCUGACCGCCACGCUCCGGUGCGUCCGUGACCGGCAGAGGUCCUUCGCCCUCGGGAUCCAGUGGAUCGUGGUCCGGACGCUAGGCAGCAUCCCCGGGCCCAUCGCCUUCGGCUGGGUGAUCGACAAGGCCUUGCUGUGGCAAGACCAGUGUGGCCAGCAGGGCUCCUGUUUCGUGUACCAGAACGCAGCCAUGAGCCGCUACAUGCUCACCGCGGGGCUCUCCUACAAGGUGCUCGGCCUCCUCUUCUUCACCACGGCCUGUUUCCUGUACAAGUCCCCGUCGGGCUCUUCCGACGGCCUGGAUACCUCCCUGCCUAGCCAGUCCUCCGCCUCCGACGGCCCCGCCGACCCGCAGCUGCAGAGCCGCGUCUGACGCGCC